AGUCGUGGGGAGCAAAAAGAAGACGAGCUAAAUUUCCAAUCAUACUUGUUGACGCCACCUAGUCAACCAAAACUAGGUCGGUCUCCACCAGGUGAAAAUGAAAUUUCUCCCCGGGAUCUAGAUCACCCAGAUAUCUUCCUGGACCAACGCUGCUCCACUACCGGUCAUUAAAUUUGAAGGUGACGAGGUGAGCGGACGUUCGCAGCGGUCUUUUGUUGCCGGAAGUAGGACUACGAUGGUGUACAGGCCGUUUAGUUUUUAAAAGUGAAAACAAUACCACUUGUUAAUUCUGGGUAGAGUUUUGAAUAGUUUUCGCAAAUCAAAAAUGCAAACAAAAUUCAGACUUUGCCAUCUUUGGCUGACGGUGAUUCUGCUGGUGAGGUUUAGCAGAGCCGGUACGAUCGAAAUAAGUGCAUACUCUAAGAAUGGAAAUACAACCAGCAGUCUUUCCAUUGACCAGGGGACGGGACGAGCCGGCACCGGAACCGGUGGAAGUUAUUCGUAUCCGUUCCAGAAUAUGCUCUCGAAGCCGGUCGCGUACAGGACCAGUAGCUAUCAGGACUAUAGCUACAAGUCGCCCAAGUACAUUGUGUAUCCCAGCAAUAGCCAGUCAGUGGACGCAAACGGGCAGGGAUCGACGAAGAAUGAUGUCGCCAUGGACCGGUUUGCCCCUGGAGAAGCAUACGGAGGAACCAUCUACAAAAUAAUGAAAGCAAAACAAAAGGGAUACCAAUAUCUGAAGCCCAAAGACUCGGCAUUGGAUGAUUCCAGCACCGCAAGCCCACCUUCUGGACCGGCAGCCCCAUCAGCAACCACCGUCCAAGCCCUUCCUCCACCAAUCACACCACCUCCACUUCCUCCGGUGAUCGUUGCUCCAACCCCAGUUCCCGCCACAAACGCACCAAGCUACAUUCCACCUGCCCCGUCCGAUCUGAACAAAUUCCCACCGAACAGUGACUCCAACUGGCCCACCCAUAUGGACAGCCCGAGCUACAACAGCCCAAUAACCAGCUAUCUUGGUCCGGAUCCUUCAAAGCCACCGAAAGGUUCUUACUAUGCCCCACCAAACUACCUGCCACCUCCAACAGACGGCCAGUUCCGGUUCAGUGGCGAUUCCAGCUAUCUGCCACCGCCGGCCGGUCCCGCCGAUUCCCCCGACUCUGGCCCACCAUCGGAUUCGGACGACAUGGUCGGUACGAUCUCUGUCGGUCCCAAUCAUCCCCAGUAUCUGCCUCCUCAGGCGUCUCCCCAGCAGCAGUACCUGCCACCGGAUAACCCUCCUCCGAUGAUGAUGCCACAGCCGAUGCCUCCAAUGGGAAUGAUGGACAUGCCCAAGGAGAUGGGCGGAUGGAUGGGAGGCCCUCCGGAGCACUCCUUCCCCGACUUUAGCCAGUUCGAGCAUGACCAUGACCAUUACUACCCUCACGAUCACUACCCGGAGUACGUGUUCGAUCCGCACCACGAUGAAACGACCACGACGACCGCUGCUCCGCCACCACCCCCAGAACCAGGAACCGCCCGUGUCAAGAACUACAGCUACUACUACAUCAGUCGAACGCUGUGGUACGUGCCACUGUACUUCACGCUGUACUUCUGCUUCUACGUGCUGGUUCUGAUCCUGCGAUCGAUUGCGCGACACAAGGUCAACAUCCCCAACCAAUGGGUUGGCAGGAGCUCCCUGGAAGCGAUGCCGACGCUCACGAACGCCCAGAUCGCCGAGAAGACGGACAUGUUGACCCACUUUGUGCUCAAGCAGAUCGACGACUUCAAGGGAAAAUACAUCGGAUAGGAUAGGUUGUAGGAUUGUUGGGGCGACUUCGAUUGGUCACUAGACAUUGCCUCGUACUGCGCACGACGCGUUGCGUGUGUUUUCAACUGUCGACAGCAGGAUCUCCAGCAGAGUCUGCUCAACUUGCGCGAGGAAU